AUGUCUGUGGGUGGCUUUGAGGGUCAGAGGCUGCUGUUGGUCCGGGCUCUGCUGUCCGGGGUGCAGGGUGCGCACAGGGCUCUGGAGGUGUUCCACAAACAGCAGCGGAACUCAUGCUUCUCCCUGGAGCUCUUCAUCCAGGCGCUGUGUCGAGAUGAGAUCAGCUGUCCUGGAGGUCCUGGAGGUCCUGCAGAUGCACAACCACUGGUUCUUAAACCAUUGGUGUGCCUCUUCCCACCGUUACUCCAACAAAACCUGUUGGUCUUUGUUUAUCACCUGCAUCAUAUUCUGCCUCAGUCGAGUGUCAGCCAUUUGCUGGAAUGCAUCAAGCAAGACUUGACGUCAAAUACUUGGGUUGCAUCUUUAGUGACACAACUGGAGAGACAACUAGAAAUUGACAAGAAUAAACCAUUGUUUAGUGCACAGUGCAGCCAGAGGCUCUCACUGCUGCUUCAGGCACUUCCCUGCAAUGACAAACCUGCUGAGGGAUGGGCCACAGCCUUUCAUGUGGACCCUGCAUCUACUCAGUCUGCAUCAACCGCCCCCUGUCAGCCGUCGCAGAGAAAAAGAAAGAGCAGUGAUAUUUCCCGGGACUCGGACAGUGAAGAUGUCAACCAGCAGAACAAACGGAUGAGAGUAGAUCUUUGUGUUGAUGAAGACGUAGGCACAAAACGAGAGGAAGACAGAGAAGAGGAACUCCCAGGUGCUGUUGUAUCAUCUGAGGCCAUAGACCCCCCCCUUGAUGGGCCUAGUGACAUUCUGCCUGAGCAUAUGAAGGUUGCUGUGUUACAAUUGAAAGACUUGAUUGCAAGUGAUUCAGAGUGGGACCAGAGCUCUUCUGAUGUGGUCAAUAUCCUCAACGACUGUGAUCCUCCUCAGCUGGAGAUGAUCUGUCACACAAUAGAUUUACCAAAAACACCUGAAAAUGUCUUACCAAAGCUUUGUAGCUGUGUUUUGGCCCUCUCUCCUGAUCUUAGUUUUAGCACCGCCACAAUAUUUAUCAGGAGCCUCCUGCUCGAAAAGAUAAUGUCAUUGUCCGAACCAGCAUCAAGAUGUUUGGUGUCGACUGUUACAUCCUUGUGCAGCCGCUACCCCAGACCCACGUGCCACGCUUUAUUUGAGCCUGUUGUAAUGGACAAAAACACUGGGAAUCUGCAAGCUGAUCUGUUGAACAAAUUGGUUGAGAGUUUAGAUUCUCACUACAAACGUCUGACUCUUCAAAUGACUUUCAAAGUAAAGUGGACAGAAUCAGUGCUAUCCAUUAUACACUGCUUGUUAGACUUAAAGCUGGACAUCAAUGAAGACGUAUUCACAGAAUUUACUGAACAACUCAUGAGCCAGGCUUCUCAAAUGACAAAGUCUGUGAAGUUUGCAAAAAUGUUACUUACCAUUCUCACCAAAUACAGCAGCGAUAUUACUGCUUCCCACAUUCAGACACUGUCCAAAUGCCUGAUGCUCAAUGAGACCUUCCUCAAAAACCCACGAGAGGGACGAGCAGCAGAGAUGAGUAAGGUCUCUAGAGAUACGCUAUAUGAAGCUGUGAAGGAGGUGCUGCAGGGCUCGCAGACCAAGCAAAGAAAAUUUGUGGAGUCAGUGGAGCUUCAAAUCAGCCUGAAAAAUUAUGAUCCUCAGAAGGACAAGCGUUUCUCCGGCACCGUCAGACUGAAGACUCUGCCCAGGCCUAAAUUCUCAGUGUGUGUAUUGGGAGACCAGCAGCACUGUGAUGAGGCCAAAGCUGCAGAAAUGCCACACAUGGACAUUGAGGCCCUUAAGAAGCUUAACAAGAACAAAAAGAUGGUCAAAAAACUUGCCAAGAAGUAUGAUGCCUUUUUGGCUUCAGAGUCUCUGAUCAAGCAGAUCCCCCGUAUUCUGGGACCUGGGCUGAACAAGGCUGGCAAAUUUCCCUCUCUCCUCACACACAAUGAGAACUUGAAUACCAAAGUGGAUGAGGUCAAGUCCACAAUCAAGUUUCAAAUGAAGAAGGUCUUGUGUCUGGCUGUGGCUGUUGGACACAUUAAAAUGACUGAGGAUGAGCUGGUUUACAACAUCCAUCUUGCAGUUAACUUUCUGGUUUCGCUGCUGAAGAAAAAUUGGCAGAACGUGCGUGCCCUUUACAUUAAGAGCACAAUGGGAAAACCGCAGCGUCUCUACUAG